GACGACUCAACGUGACCACGACUACUUAUCCCAGACAGGACUGAGAGAAGAGCAUCAUCAGUCCAUUUUGAAGAUUAUUAAACGCUGUACCCGAGUUCAACGACGACAUAAAAAGUUCUUUUCUCUCCCGCCAACUUUUCUUUGCAAAUCUCGUCCCCGCCUUGUAAAGGCGCCACCCCGCCAAAAUGUCGUUAACGAAUUGUCGAUUCUACGAGGAGAAGUAUCCAGAGGUGGAUAGCUUCGUUAUGGUCAAUGUUAAGCAAAUCGCUGAGAUGGGCGCCUACGUGAAGCUUCUGGAAUACGAUAACAUCGAUGGCAUGAUCCUACUUUCCGAACUUUCACGAAGACGUAUUCGAAGCAUUCAGAAACUCAUUCGAAUUGGCCGAAACGAAGUCGUGGUUGUGUUGCGUGUGGAUAAAGAAAAGGGUUAUAUCGAUCUUUCGAAACGACGAGUAUCGCCCGAAGAUGUUGUUAAGUGCGAGGAACGUUACAACAAGAGCAAAUUGGUGCACUCGAUCAUGCGCCACGUCGCAGAAAAGACCAAGACUCCGAUCGAAGAAUUAUACCAGAACAUCGGCUGGCCCCUGAAUCGCAACUUUGGCCACGCUUACGAUGCGUUCAAGCUUUCCAUCACUAACCCAGAUGUAUGGAACGACGUUACUUUCACUAACCAAAUCAUCAAAGACGAACUACAAUCAUACAUCAGCAAAAAGCUCACUCCUGCUCCCACCAAAGUUCGCGCUGACGUCGAGGUCACUUGUUUCGGUUACGACGGAAUCGACGCAGUCAAAGACGCACUUCGUGCAGCCGAGGAGAAGAACACUCCCGAUACCCAGAUCAAGGUCAAGCUUGUGUCUCCGCCACUCUAUGUUUUGACUUGCCAAACUCUAGACAAAGCCCUCGGUAUCAAGCUAUUGGAAGAAGCCAUACAAAGCAUCGAAACAAAGAUUAAAGCGGCUAGCGGUGGAUUGGUUGUUAAAAUGGCACCCAAGGCAGUUACAGAGCAUGAUGACGCCAAGCUUCAAGAACUUAUGGACAAGCGUGAACGCGAGAACAUGGAAGUCAGCGGUGAUGAGAGCCAGUCAGAGAGUGAUGAAGGUGUACCUGAAUAGAGAGCCUGAAUGGAGAAGUGUCACGUUUCAACUUGUGCCUGGUGUUUUUAUUGGAAGACGAUUGACUCGACGACAUCAGCAGCUGUUAGUGGAUGGGGUUAUGAUGUGUGCCUGAGCCUGGGUCGAUUCUCCUGGGGACCUACCUUCGACAGCGCACCCAGCUCGGCACAAGAGUCUUGCGUCACUGCCCGCAGUGGCUUGCUCUAACAGAGAGCUAUGUGGCUUCGGUGCACUGUCGAGGUAUGCUUCAUGAAGAUGCAGUAAGUUACUGCUUUGCAUCAAGUCUCAUCAUCUGUGUCUAGCUUCUACUCCUUUCACGACUGCGGAUUGUUGUUGUAGUCAAUGUGUAUCCAUACAGCAGAGAUGGCCGAUAGUUGAUUGAAAAGCAUUAUAAUCAAAGCAUAUGCAAUUGUCAUCUCUCUCUCUUCCUUGAAUUAGAAGUACGGA